AUGGAUAAAGGGAAGAAGCUACAGCUCAAGAGAGUAUUUGGAUAUUGCUGGGGCACAAAUUUUUAAAUUAUUAACAUAAUUGGUGCAGGAAUUUUUGUGUCUCCCAAAGGGGUAUUGAAGUACUCUUGCAUGAAUGUGGGGCUUUCCCUGCGUAUCUGGGUUGUUUGUGCUUUACUGGCCCUGAUGAAGGCUCUCUGUUUUGCAGAGAUAAGUAUAAUCUUUCCAUGUAGCGGAGCUCACUACUAUUUUCUCAAGAAAUGUUUUGGUGAUAUGAUUUCUUUCCUCAAUCUCUGGACUUAUUUAUUUCUGGGGCCAGGAGUAGUUGCCAGCCAAGCCUUGCUCCUCAGUAAAUAUAGCAUCCAGUCUUUUUACCCCAGCUGUUUUGUCCCAGAGCUGCCAAAUAAAUGUCUUGCAUUGGCCAUCCUGUGGACUAUGGGAAUUCUGAAUUUUCGUGGUGUGAAACCAGUGACUUGGCUUCAAACAGCCAGUACCAUACUGAAAAUGGCCAUACUUGGCCUUAUUUCUAUAAAUGGGGUGGUACUGCUGAUAAGAGGGAGAAAGGAGAACAUAGAAAGGCUUCAGAACGCUUUUGAUGCUGAGUUUCCAGGAGUCAUGCAGAUUGCAGAAGCUGUUUUUCAAGGAAAUUUUGCAUAUGCAGGUGGGACGAGCUUUACGUUUAUAGCAGGAGAGUUGAAGAAACCCAGGAAGACAAUUCUAAGAUGUAUAUUUACUGUGUUCCCUCUAGUGGCUGUGAUAUUUUUAUUCGUUAACAUUUCCUACCUGACAGUACUGACACCCAAGGAAAUUCUCUCCUCAGAUGCUGUGGCUACCACAUGGACGGAUAGAGCUAUCCCUUCAUUAACAUGGAUUCUUCCUUUUUGUAUCUCUGCCUCAUUAUUUAGCAAUUUAUUGAUUAGUGUAUUUGACAUUUCAAGAGUGAUAUAUAUUGCUGGCCAAGAGGGACAACUGCCUUUACUAUUUAAUAUGCUUAAUAGUCACUCCUCUCCAUUUAUGUCUGUGUCGCUAAUUGUCAUUAUAGCAUCUUUCGCUAUUGUCUCAAACAACUUAAUCAGCUUGAUAAACUAUAUUUAUUUUGUGAUUUCUAUUUGGUCUAUUUUAAUAAUGGCAGGAAUACUAAAACUGAGGUACCAGGAGCCUAACCUGCCAAGACCUUAUAAGGUGUUUUUACCACUUCCUUUGGUAACAAUGGCCAUCAGCCUUUGCUUGGUUUUCAUACCUUUGGUGAAGUCUCCACACAUGAAUUACAUCUACGUGUGUCUCUUUAUUCUCAGUGGACUUCUGUUUUACAUCCCUUUCAUACAUUUUAGAUUGAAAUUGAUUUGGUUUGACAAAAUAACAUGCUAUUUACAACUUCUGUUUAAUAUUUGCAUUCCUGAUGUGUCUGAUGAACUUAUGUCAGAAGAAGAAGCAGUUAAAAUAGUAGCCUUUUAA